ACCGUGUCACGUGACAGCGCUGACGCGUUCACAUGACUGUAGGAGCGGGGCAAGUUUUAUUUUGAUUUCAGCCGGAUUUAUAUUCUUUGCUUUUGUUAGUGCGUUCACACAGCGAACAGUAUGUCGACUACAGCCACAGAUAGAACGUUAAGGCAAUCUGUAGACAUUUUUUCAAGUGAUUUUUGACUCACAUGACGCUCGUGUCACACUUUAACCGCUUCCUUAAAGCGAGUCAGUGAGUCAGUCAGUGAAUUAGCGCAGGAAUGGAGACCAGAAAUGUGCAUUACUUCUUUCUUCUUUUUUGGACUGUCUUCUGUUUUGGGACCGCCGAGACCCACAAUGUUUCGACUCCAAAUAUUAUCAUAAUGCUUAUGGAUGAUAUGGGAUGGGGUGAUCUAGGCGUAUUUGGUGAGCCCUCUAAAGAAACUCCACAUCUGGAUAAGAUGGCCGCUCAGGGGAUGCUGUUCCCCAACUUCUACGCUGCAAAUCCACUCUGUUCUCCAUCCAGAGCCGCGUUGCUCACCGGCCGUCUUCCAAUCAGGAACGGAUUCUACACCACCAACGCGCAUGCCAGGAACGCUUAUACACCCCAAGAGGUCGUGGGAGGAAUUACCAAAGAUGAGAUCCUCUUGCCUCAGGUCUUAAAAAAACAAGGCUAUAUCAGCAAGAUUGUUGGCAAGUGGCACCUGGGACACAGCGAGCAGCACCUGCCUCUGGAGCAUGGUUUUGACCAGUUCUUCGGUUCUCCACACUGUCAUUUUGGACCCUAUAAUGAUAGUGUCUGUCCCAACAUCCCUGUCUAUAACAACUCCCAAAUGAUUGGAAGGUAUUAUGAGGAAUUUCAGAUCAACAGGAAAACUGGGGAAUCGGACCUCACACAGCACUUUUUACAGGAAGCUCUGGACUUCAUCUCAAACCAAAACACAGCCCAUCAGCCUUUUUUCCUCUACUGGGCCCCAGAUGCCACACACGAUCCAGUUUAUGCUUCUAAGCAAUUCCUGGGUCGGAGUCAGCGGGGACGCUAUGGUGAUGCUGUGAUGGAGCUGGACAACAGUGUGGGGAAGAUUUUGGCUCAGCUGGUUAAACUGGGCAUCGACAAGAACACGUUUGUGUUCUUUACUUCUGAUAACGGCGCUGCAGUGAUGUCUGGACCAGGGCAAAGUGGCAGUAACGGACCAUUCCUGUGCGGAAAGGAGACAACUUUUGAGGGAGGAAUGAGGGAGCCUGCUAUUGCUUGGUGGCCUGGACGAAUCCCAGCAGGCACGGUGAGCUAUCAGUUGGGCACCGUGAUGGAUCUCUUCACUACCAGCCUCGCUCUAGCCAGCCUUAAUGCUCCUGAUGACCGGAUCAUCGAUGGCCUGGAUCUGAGUUCCUCCUUCUUUAACAAUUCAGUAAUAGAAAGGCCCGUUUUCUAUUACCGUGGCAAUGAGAUGAUGGCAGUGCGGGUCGGGCUGUACAAGGCGCAUUAUUGGACGUGGACCAACUCGUGGGAGGAGUUUAAAAAGGGUAUAAACUUUUGUCCUGGCCAGGAGGUUCCAGGGGUCACCAAUCACAUCCAGCAGGAGCACACCAUGCAGCCUCUCAUCUUCCAUCUAGGGCGAGACCCAGGAGAGACACACCCAAUCAGUGUCCUGUCUGCGGAAUAUCAGCAAGUUCUUGGACGUAUCAAUGCCAUAGUGGAGCAGCAUAAGCGGACGCUCGUGCCCGGAGAGCCUCAGCUGAACAUGUGUGAUCUGGCAGUGAUGAAUUGGGCUCCACCAGGAUGUGAGAAGUUGGGGAAGUGUCUCAAAGCACCACCGUCUAAACCAUGGAAAUGUGACUGGCCCCAUUGAUGCAUCUCAGAAAUAUUUUUAUAUAAUGGGAAAAACUGAUACUACUGUCCAGAAUAAUACAUCACUGUACAGGGGUUUUUUUGUUUCUAUUGCAUAAUAUUUAUCUAAAGAUUCUGAAUGCAAUCGUGAUGGAUAGAAAAUUUUUUCAAUGGUUUUUUAUUUUAUGAUAAGGGAAAUUAAAAAUCGUUAAAUUGUUUUUAAAAUUCAAUUCUAUGUUAAGUUUGCCAAUUCUAUGUUCGUUUUUGACCUAUGAUAAUCAUAAACAAUGGAUCAAAAUUCAUAAUUUUAUAUUUGGAGUCUUUAGUAAAGAUUUAUCUGUCCUGCUGUUCAAUUUUAUUUCUACUGUUUUUUCUUUGCUGUUUUUUGUCACAUGACUUAGGAAUAUGAAAGACGUAGGAUAUGAAGGACUAGUAGGAUGCGUGUCUUACGCUGACGUCUUGUUUCAUACAUCAUAAAGUAAAUUCAGCAAAAUUAAGAGUAUCUCAUUGCAGAAAUUAUGCUAGGACAAUGUUCUGAUAAUGUUUUUUUUUUGUGUGAUAUCCCAUGAUGCACCUCCAGCUGUAUGUUGUGGCCUGACUAAUCCUGUGCACCUCAGAAUGUUUAUCUCAUUACUUUGGAAGUAAUGUACUUUAGUAAUGUUAAGCUUGGACAGGUUAAGUAAGGUUAAGUAACCUUAAGUUGUCAUUGGGAAACUGAAACCUGGCUAAAGUAAGAGGAGGAAAAAAAAGAGAGAAACUUGACACUGGCCUCUUCUUUGAGACUGAAACAGGUUUGACCAAAAUGUCCUUAAAUUUCUACAGAAAGGGUGAUUUACACUGAUCAGGCAUAACAUUAUGACCAGUGAGAGGUGCCGUGUAUAACACUGAUGAUCUCCUCAUCAUGGCACCUGUUAGUGGGUGGGAUAUAUUAGGCAGCAAGUGAACAUUUUGUCCUCAAAGUUGAUGUGUUAGAAGCAGGAAAAAUGGACAAGCGUAAGGAUUUGAGUGAGUUUGACAAGGGCCAAAUUGUGAUGGCUAGACGACUGGAUCAGAGCAUCUCCAAAACUGCAGCUCUUGUGGGCUGUUCCCGGUCUGCAGUGGUCAGUAUCUAUCAAAAUUGGUCCAAGGAAGGAACAGUGAUGAACCAGCGACAGGCUCACUGAUGCAUGUGGGGAGUGAAGGCUGACCCCUGUGAUCCGAUCCAACAGACGAGCUACUGUUGCUCAAAUAAUGCAAAAAUAAUGUUAUACCUGUUCAUUAUAUCAGUGUAUAUAAUGAAAUAAUUAUAUAAAUAUUAAUGCUUGAAUUUGUGAUAACUUCUUGUUGCUCUCUGUUCAGGGGUUGCCACAGCAGAUCAUCCAAUCAGCAUCUUUUGAUUUUGGUGCAGGUUUUUUACUCCGGAUGUUCUUCUUGAUGCAACCCUUUCAUUUUAUCCAGGCUCAGGACCAGCACUGAGAGUUAACCCCUCAGUGGUUGGAUCAGUUCUCUGCCCAGGAAUCAAACCCAGGAUUAUAUUCAUAUCCUGCCACCAGACUACCAGGGAAUUAUUGUAUUGUUUUUAUGUACAUGUGAGUUUGUUGAGUCUGAAUUCACUGGAUUAGCUACUCUGAAUGAUGCAUAGGAGCCAAGGCUUGGUGUCUUCUGUCUUAUCUUCCUGCCUUGUACCUCUGCUCUAUGAGGACAGACUUUGUAUCCAAUGUGAACCUCAUUAGAAUAACAUGUUUACCGAAGAUGAUUUUUUUGAAUAAAGGAUAUUUUUACAC